AUGUCUCCAAUGAUUAUUACAUUUAUUAUCUUUGUCGUAUUUUCAUUAGUAGAUGUUUCUGGAGCCACAAAUCAUCAUAAUAUUAGUAACAUAUCAAAUACAGAAAAACACAGUGGAGUAUCAUUUAAACUUGUUCUUGGACGCAGAAAUUUCACAUCUCAACUCCCACCGCUAUCCAAAGAAUUUUUCGUCUAUAAUCUCCUGUAUCACCCAUCAACCGACUACUACACAACGGUUGACAUCGGUACCCCACCCCAAUCAAUGGAGCUGCACAUUGAUACUGGGAGCCCAUAUUCAUGGGUGAGGUGUCAACCAUGCGAUAUUGAUACUUGUCUCCAGGUGAGCUUUUUUCAUGAAGAUAAUUCGACUUCUUAUGCAAAAGUAGCCUGUGAAGCAUGUAACCGGCCCGGAAAGUGCAACGAAGAAGAGCAAUGUGUAUUCGACAUGAAAUACCUAGAUGAAUCGGGAGCGACACUGGUGAUGGGAUCUGAAACCUUCACCAUGGACCAAGAUGAUAACGAUGAUGAUGGUUUUAUAGAGUCCAAGCAAGACAUAAUAGAUGUACCGCUUGGAUGCGCUAAAGGGACCGAAGGAUUUCCAUUUUUGGACGGAUCAUUAGGGUUAAACAUGGGUAAGUUAUCAUUUUAUACCGCGUUAAAAAACAACUAUGGCGUUAGAAUGUUCUCCUAUUGUCUUUUGGUUAGAAUCAAGGAUGGAGAUGAUAGCUCUGAUAUGUUAUUCGGAGACCAAGUCGUGUCCCCUGAUACUUUAUAUACACCUAUGGUUCAUGAUUAUGUCUCUGAUCAGUUUGUGGUGGCAUUGUCGGAAAUCAAAUUUAAGGGUGAACCACUUGUUAAGUAUACAUUUCCUAUAAAGAUGAUCGUUGAUACAGGAUCGACGUAUACUGAUCUACCUCAACCCGUGCACAGCGCAUUAUUGAGCAAAUUUCUUGAUGUUGCUGAUCAACUGGCUUGGGGACAGCCUAUAAGAGUUGGUACCAGAUAUCCAUGCUACGAGAUAGAUCCGGAUCAAAUCAGCGCCUCAUCCACGAUUACUUUUACUUUUGCCGGAGAUGCUGAAAUAGAAUUACUCCCACACAAUAUCUGGCGCUAUAUUGAAGGAUAUAAUCUGGCUUGUUUAGGAUUUGGGGAUGCAUCCAAAACGCCACCGCAUGAACUUAACAUUUUAGGUAAUAUCCAGCAGCAGGGUAUACGGAUAAUAAUUGAUCAGCAGACAAAGGGGGAUCGCAUUGGGUUUGACACUUCCGGCUGUUGA